AUGCAUGGUGGUCAUUUGGGACCAUUUGUUGCAUCGCCCGCCCGGCCGCAGAAGCGAUGGCCAGCCGCUGAAACCGCCGAUGAUCACUUAGCUCAUUAUCCUUCUCGUACGCUGUAUGGCGUUGGCGAGAUAGCUGAUGGGGAUGCCUGUGAUGAGCGGUCAUUAGUUGGCAAGCUCGAGAGCGCAUCCUAUUGGGACCAGGCGGCGUCUCUUAUCCGUGUCUAG